CGGUUAUUGUUUAGAUAAAUGGAGCCGUACGUACAAUGAUGGCAAUGCAGAAAGCAGAGGCAUUGCCGUUCCUAACAGUUGACGAGGCUAUAAAAAGAAGUAAACAUACAUUAAGGUUCCAAGAAGAACUGAGUUUGAGUGUAUGGGAAAGAGCGAGAAUAGAAUUGGUGUAUAUCAGAAAUCUUAAAGAAUGGAUGGUAUCUACUGGAAACAAGUUAAAUCCAAUUUUAGAAAAGGCAAAAUAUUGUCCUGAUGAAAUGGUAGUAAGGAACUUAGUGAAAGAAGCAUUAUGCACGACAGAGGUCCAUCAAAAUGUCCAUAAUGCUAUGAUGUGUUCUGAUGGACCAUACGCAACUUUACAAAGGGGAAUUGGACUAAACAAGAUAACUAAAAACUCAAAAGAAAGGCUUCUGUCUGAGAUAGAAAAGGAGUUCUAUAUGUUUAAUAAAAAGAGAACACAGUACGAAUCUGAUAUUAAGAAAAGGAAAGUGAAUACUGAAAAGAUGAAAUCGUCUAUUAUUGAACUGGAAGAACAGUUGUCCAAACGAAGUCGUAUUGCGCAUGUACGUCGGUCUACACGUGCCAACAGAAAGGUAGAUCAUCUCACUAACAGACUAUCAAUGCUUAGAAAACAAAUUGAAAGUGAAAAAUCUAUGGUGGAGAAAAAACAAGACGCUUUGAGUGAAUUUAUGUCCAGCAUAAACACGGAUAUGAAAACAUUAUAUAUAGAACUCACAGAACUCCAGACAAAAAGAAUGCAGUUGCUUUAUUCUCAACUAACAAAGUUUGGUUGUGCGUUCAAAGAGUUUAAUCAUGGUAACAAAAAGAGGAGAACCGAGAUCGGUGAAAUGAUAAGUUGUUUUGAGUCCAUCUGCAUAGACGAAAUAAUAGAACGAGUAAGACAAGAUAUAGAGGCUAGAGCAAACACAAGAAAGAAUGGUCACAUAUUUGAGUUACAGGAAAUGUUCAGUCCUAUGAAAAACCACAUGGAGUCAAGAAAAGACGCCGCUCUCAGCGCAUGUGCACUUCCAAAGCAAGAAAAUAUCAACAAUACGCCAGCAGUUCAGUCGAUGAUGGGAAGGACACAGACGACUGUAGAGAGCAGCGAAAGUGAUAAUUUGUUGGUGGGAACAUUCUGUGCCUCCUCUUCGGAAUCGAUAAAAACCAAAGGAAUGAAUCCUGUCAGAUGCCAGCGGUCCGAAAACUCCGAUUCGUCGCUCGAAUCAAAGAUAGAGACUAUUGUUAUCCCGAAUGAACCUGGCAGUGACUGUAAAAUGCCACCUCCAUUUCCGACAAAGGAGUUCUGUGUAAGUUCUGGUGAUGAGGGAAGCUCUUGUAUAGAAGAACAACAUGAAGCAGAUGAUCUUAGCUGUCGGUGGUCUAAUACCAAUCAGCGGUUACACACCAAUAAUACCGACGAUGUCAGCAUGAUCAGAAAUGUCAAGGUCAUUGCUAUUCAUGACUUUGUCGCUGGGAAAGGUGAUCAAAUUUCUUUUAAAAAAGGACAAAUCAUAAAACAGAAAGUUGGAGAAAACGAAGAUGGAUUUGCAUAUGGUUGGGUGCGUGAGAAUAGAUUGGCGCCUAAACAGUAUGGCUGGUAUCCUGCUGGAAUUGUACAAAGAUAUGUUCCAACAUCAGAUCAAAGAAGUUCUGCCAGAAAGGAGUGAACAUAUUUGGAUAUUUUCGAUCAACAUAUCGGUCCUCAGUUGCUUCAAAGUCACCUUUACUUUAUAAAUAAUAAAAU